AAGGAACCGCUCGCAAACAGAAAGCUCUCCGCGGGUGUAGGCGGCCACAGCUAUGAGCAUCGCGCCGUGCCGGCUCGGCUCGUUUGGAUCGCACGAUGUGGCUGAAACCGGAGGAAGUGCUUCUGAAGAACGCCUUCAAGUUGUGGGUCACGGAGAAAUCUAAUGAUUAUUUCGUGCUGCAGAGGAGGCGCGGGUACGGGGAAGGAGGAGGAGGUUUGACAGGCCUCCUGGUGGGAACUCUGGACACCGUGCUGGACUCCACGGCCAAAGUGGCUCCAUUCCGGAUCUUGCACCAGACACCAGAUUCCCAGGUCUACUGGUCGAUAGCAUGCGGAGCCACCAGAGAGGAGAUCAACCAACACUGGGAAUGGCUGCUGCAGAACAUCAUGAGAACCCUGUCUGUGUUCGACUCAAGUGAGGACAUCACCAGCUUUGUCCAGGGCAAGAUCAGAGGCCUUAUUGCUGAGGAGGGGAAGGUCUCCCUGGUGCAAGAGGAUGACCCGGAGAAGUUCCGUGAGGCACUGCUGAGGUUCGAGAAGUGGUUUGGUCUCCCAGAGAAGGAGAAGUUAGUCACAUACUACUCAUGCAGCUACUGGAAAGGCCGGGUGCCGUGUCAGGGCUGGCUGUACCUGAGCACCAACUUCCUCAGCUUCUACUCCUACCUGCUGGGGUCCGAGGUGAAGUUUAUAGUCUCCUGGGAUGAGAUCUGGAAGCUGGAGAAGUCAUCUAAUGUGAUCCUGGCUGAGAGCAUCCAUGUGGUGGCUGGCGGGGAGGACCACUACUUCUCCAUGUUCCUGCACCUAAAUGAGACCUUCCUACUCAUGGAGCAGCUGGCUGACUAUGCUGUCAGGAGGCUCUUUGAUAAGGAGACCUUCCAGCAGGAGCCAGCCCUAGCUGACCCACUGCAGAUCUCAAAGAGGGGCCUGGAGACACACGCGCGCAAUGAGCAGUUCCGGGCCUUCUUCCGUUUGCCUAGGGAGGAAAACCUGCUGGAGGUAUACGAGAGCUUCCUGUGGGUGCCCUUCAGCCACUUCAACACGCUGGGGAAGAUCUGCCUAUCGGAGAGCUACCUCUGCUUUGCCAGCCAGGAUGGCAGCCAGUGCUACGUCAUCGUCCCUAUACGAGAGGUGGUCAGCGUGGAGAAGCCAGACAGCAGCAGCCGGGCAGUGACGGUGUGCGUCCGCGGAAAGAGGGCCCUGCGCUUCUCGGAGGUGCGGGACUACGAGCGCCUGGCCUACGGGAUCCGGCGGCGGUGCGGGGCCGCAGCCAGCCCCAUGCACAUCACAGCAGGGGAGGUGUCCGGGGAGGCGUGCCACACCCUCAUAGAACACUUUGAGGACAACCCUGAGGAAGAGGCCCUGAUGGUGGGCCAGAAGAGCAGUAGCAAGGCUGUCAGCACCGAGGCCCUGAUGACCGUGUUCCACCCACAGGAUGCGGAGAACCUGGAUCCCAAGAUGCUGAAGGAGAAGAUGAAAGAGCAGUCGUGGAACAUCCACUUCAGCGAGUAUGGCCGUGGGAUGAGCAUGUUCCGCACCAAGAAGACGCGGGACUUGAUCGUACGCGGCGUACCCGAAUUUCUGAGAGGGGAGCUUUGGCUGCUUUUCUCAGGUGCCGUCAACGACAUGGCCACCCACCCGGGUUACUACUCGGAGCUGGUGGAGCAAUCGCUAGGCACCAGCACGCUGGCCACGGAUGAGAUUGAGCGAGACCUGCACCGCUCGCUGCCAGAGCACCCUGCCUUCCAGAGUGACACGGGCAUCUCUGCCCUGCGCCGGGUCCUCACCGCCUACGCCUACAGGAACCCCAAGAUCGGUUACUGUCAGGCCAUGAACAUUCUUACCUCGGUCCUGCUGCUGUACGCCAAGGAGGAGGAAGCGUUCUGGCUGCUGGUGGCCGUCUGCGAGAGGAUGUUGCCCGACUACUUCAACCGCAGGAUCAUCGGCGCCCUGGUCGACCAGGCGGUGUUUGAGGAGCUCAUCCGAGAGCAGCUGCCCCAGCUCACGGAGCACACGACAGACAUGACUUUCUUCUCGUCCGUGUCGCUCUCCUGGUUCCUGACACUGUUCAUCAGCGUGCUGCCCAUCGAGAGUGCCGUCAAUGUGGUCGACUGCUUCUUCUAUGAUGGCAUCAAAGCUAUCUUGCAGCUCGGCCUGGCUGUGCUCGACUACAACGUGGAGCAGCUGCUGGCCUGCCGCGAUGAUGCUGAGGCUGUCACCAUCCUAAACAAGUUUUUUGACAGCGUCACCAACAAGGAUAGCCCCCUGCCUGCCACGGUGCAGCAGGCACCCGUGAGCAACAACGACAGGACGUCACAUCCCAAGGUGGACAUCACUGACCUCAUACGAGAGGCCUACGAGAAAUAUGGGGACAUUCGUUCCGAGGAAGUGGAGAGCAUGCGGAGACGCAAAAAAUUGUUUGUGAUCCAGACUCUGGAGGAUACAACCAGACAGAAUGUGUUAAGGGUGGUGUCCCAGGAGGUGAAGUUCACUGCUGCCCAUCUUGAUGACCUCUAUGGGCUGUUCAAGAGGCAGCAUUUCCUGAGCUGCUAUUGGACCAUGAACAGCCCAGCCCUGUUGCACCACGACCCCAGCCUGCCUUACCUGGAGCAGUACCAGCUGGGCCGUUCCCAGUUCUGCGCCCUGUUCUCUCUGCUGGCCCCCUGGGUGCACUGCGCUGGCCGCGACGCCCUCUCCCUGUGGGCCUUCCACUUGCUGGAUGAGAACCAGGAUGGCCUGGUCAACUUCAAGGAGUUCUGCUGCGGCCUGGAUACUCUGUACAGUGGCACUUUCACAGAAAAGCUGAAAUUCCUCUUCAAGAUGCACCUAUCGCCAGCUUUUACAGAAGUAGAAACAGAGAGCCCUGGGUUCUCAAAGAGCAACAAACUGUCCCACUAUAGUUCGCUGAGUGAAGACUUCUCCCACUUUAGUCGACUGAAUGUCUCUUCAGCUGAUGUCCCUGAAGAUGGAGUGAUCAGAAGAAGUCCAGAAAGGGGUCGAGGUAAAGUGGACUUACAGGCAUACCUGAAGCAGUGGCAGGAUGAACUACUGAAGAAGGAAGAGAACAUUAAGGACUUACCCCGGAUAAAUCAGUGUCAGUUCAUCCAGUUCUCCAAAACCCUGUACAACUUGUUCCACGGUGACCCAGAAGAGGAGUCUCUCUACCGAGCUGUGGCCAGCGUCACCAGCCUCCUGCUGAGGAUGGAGGAAGUGGGCCGUCGUCUUCAGGAGCCAGGCACCCCCACAGAGACGACUCCACCCAACGGGGAGGCCUCCACUUCCCCAGAGGGCUCCUCAGAUACCCCAAGCCCGCCCAGCGUCCCGGAGCCGAACUCCCACCGGCAAGAGGUGGAGUGGUCCUUUGCCUUUGAGCAGAUCCUGGCCUCCUUGCUCAACGAGCCCAUCCUGGUGCGCUUCUUUGAAAAGCCUGUGGACGUCCAGGCCAGACUGGAGCAUGCCAAGGCCACUCAGCUGAAAGUGUAAGCGGACACAUUAAGGAGAACCUGCUUUUCACCCUUAUUUAAGCCAUAAGAUCUCUCUCCAGCAGGCUCUAUAUUUGUAAAUAUAUAUACAUAUAUACAUAUAUGAUGGAGAAACGAGCCCUAUACUGGGCCUUAUUCUCAUUUAACCACGCAAGUACACUCCUCUAACCGAGGUGUGCCUUCUAUUUCGAUUCACUGUUUCUUGGGGACACACCAGCCAAUAUGAUAAAGCACUUGCCAGCAUUAAUCAUUUUUAUCCUUAAAGCUAUUACCAUUGUAAAUGUCAAUACUGAAGUCGCAGAUGUCAAGGUCACAUGACUAGUUUGAGGAGAGAGUAGUUCUCCAUGCAAGCUUGCAGAUGGUUUGGAUUGAACUGUAUCCACAUCUGAUGAGGAGAAAUUGAGAAUAUUUGUUGUUCAGUGAUUGUGGAGGGAAACAAUUGCUGUAAAUGUUGGCAAAUUCUUCUAUUAAAAUGGAUAUGGCCAUUUAUUUUUGAGUUGAAUUUAUGGAAAUCCCGUACGCUUGUGGCCACAGUGGCCCUACAUUCCGUAUUAACUACGUCUUUGGGAUGCAGUGCAUUUUACAACAUUUUCAGCGUAGCCAUUUUGACAGAAUGGCUUUUGACAGCAAAGUAUCCGAAGAAAAAAGUAUUAGUGUCAUAUGGUAAAGAUGAGACAUUUGCUGAACAGUAUAAUGCUUUGAUUCAAAUGAUCAAGGAACUCAUAAGUACACAGUGUGUAGGACAGAGCUCAAAAGAUGCCUUUUAUACUGGCAUUUAAUCACAGCAGCCUGUGACGAUAGAUGGCAGGAGUUCUGCUACCCAGUGGUGUAAUAUUUAAUACCAUCACAGCUCACACUGUUAAAGACAUGGUGUUUUCAGAUGCCUUGUAGACUGAUCAUGCAUGAAUACAUAUUUAAUGUGCUUAGUCUUUUUUUGCACAAUGCAAACCUUUUUAUAUUUUGUUAUUUUCUAUACAGUUUAAUUCUAGAGAGAGAUGAUUC